AUGUAUGGCCAGGUUUUUGUUGGGUUCGCUUCCCCUGAUUUCCGAGCUCCUCAAGUUUUCAAGAUUCCUACUAUUGGUUCUCGUCUGAUUUCUUCUCAUUAUCCUGUAAAACUCGUCCAACAAACUCUAAAGUUUUCCAGAGCAAUGACGGCUGAAGUGCGAAGGGAUUCAUUCAAAACGUUCUGGGACAAGUACUCAGAUAAACCCGACACUAACUCGAUGAUGCUCAACCAGANUGAUUUCCGAGCUCCUCAAGUUUUCAAGAUUCCUACUAUUGGUUCUCGUCUGAUUUCUUCUCAUUAUCCUGUAACACUGAGCAUGACGGCUGAAGUGCGAAGGGAUUCAUUCAAAACGUUCUGGGACAAGUACUCAGAUAAACCCGACACUAACUCGAUGAUGCUCAACCAGACUGCACAAGAUCUUGAAGCUAGCGAUAGAGCAGAUAUCCUCUCCAGCCUACCUCACCUAACCAACAAAGACGUGGUCGAUAUUGGCGCUGGAAUCGGGCGUUUUACUACCGUACUAGCAGAGACAGCUCGAUGGGUUCUUUCGACGGAUUUCAUCGAAUCGUUCAUCGAAAAAAACCAAGAACGAAAUGCUCACAUGGGUAACAUCAGCUAUCAGAUAGGUGAUGCAGUCCAUUUGCAAAUGGACGAGAAAAGCGUGGAUCUCGUUUUUACGAAUUGGCUGAUGAUGUAUCUUUCCGAUCGCCGUCUGAAGACCGCCACUAUGCACUCAGCAGUUGAUGCCAACCCAACACAUUAUCGUUUCUCGUCGCUGUAUAUUAAGCUUCUUCGAGCAAUCCGAUACCGGGACAGUGAUGGAAAAAUGUGGAAAUUUGAUGUGCAGUGGAGCUGUUCGGUGCCUACCUACAUACGGAGGUGCAAUAACUGGCGUCAAGUGCAUUGGUUAACGAAGAAGGUACCGGCAGUUGGCGACGAAGAGACUUCAGUCGACGAUUUGCUCAACUUGUUCAGCCAGAUCUGGCCAGCCGAACAAAAGAAGUGGGAUGAAAAACUAGACAAUGAGAAAUACAGUUGGACUGAUAAGAUAUUCUCGAAUGCGAUCGAUGAUGAAGUGGUGCCGAAGAACAGUACCGCCUAUGUCUUCACACCGAGGCAACGAUCCCCCUUCUUGCAUGUCAAUUCGCACCUUCUAGCAGAGAAGUUCACAUGCAAUGUAUGGAAUGUUGAAACAAAAGAGUAUUUGUAUCGUACCUCACUGACGAAGGCAAACAACCAGAAGGACCAACGAGUCCGCUUUGGUUGGAACGAUUCGUUGUCUUCGUCGAUUGAUUAUUGGAAUCAGAGGGACGCUUCAUUUGACUGCAUGGUAGCAACUGAACUUCUUGCGACUUGUGAUGAUGAGAGCAUCAAGAGUAUUGCGGUCAGUCGAGUAGAAAAGUGUACUUACUUAGUGAAAUCUAGUAAUCACCUUCAUCUUCAGAGCAUUAUGAAACCAGAAGCGAAGGUGGUGCUCCUCGAACCAGUUAGCGAAAUUGACGAGACGUCCGUUAGGCAGCGAAUGACUACUUGUGGGUUCAAGAACAUUACCAUUGUCGAUGUUACACAGGAGUCCUUGAACGCCGAGACCUCAUUCAUCAAGGAUCACAACUUGGUAAGUCUGCUUGUACAUAUUUUGCGACGCGAUUUGUCCAUCAGCUUGUAUUCUACACCUAUACAACUAAGGGACGUUUGA